GUCUUGUAGUCCGUUUCCGGCGCAGUGGUGGUGUUGUUGUUGAGGCGCUAUGGUUUGUCAGCGCGGCCUCGAUCUUUUCCCGUGAGUUUUUGUCGUGUUCUGUGGGUUUCAUGUUCCGCGCCGCCGAGAUCAAGAGCUUCGGUAAAGCGGGAACCGGCUGGCACUUUCGGCGGACGAUGGACGAGCUGGUCCAUGACCUGGUGUCGGCUCUGGAGGAGAGUUCAGAACAAGCCCGUGGAGGGUUUGGAGACGGUGGAGAUCACGCUCUGGCCGUCGGUUGCCUGUUGAAACGCCAGGCCCGCAAGCGUCGUGGCCGUAAACGUCGGUCCGAUAACCCUCACCCGCCGUGGGACACCUGCCACCUGAGCGAAGGCUCCGAGUCCAGCCAAGAGGAGCAGAAAGACUACCGCUCAUCCACGGCAGCAGGGGGCGCUCACACCCGCGACAACAACAGCGACUCGGAUGAGCAGCUGGGUGCGAAGCGGCGUACGCCCCUCACUGACUCCGGCAGGGGGAAGAGGCCGCUGUGGCUGGACGACUUGAGCGGAGCGGAUGUUUUGGGAACGCGCAGUUUGCGGAGGCGUCGGAAAGUCAAGCGCAUGGCUGUGGACCCGCCACUAGAUGUCACCACCAUGCUGGCUCCGCCGUCCAGAGCAACCAACAGCAGGGAGGCGGGGUUUAGUCCGGAGGCCAAAGGGAGCGAAUCAAACAAAAACAGGGUGAAGAAGAGGAAGUUCACGGCGCAGAGACUCGCACAGGACGUGGCGGACGAAGGCGUGGUGGUAGAGAGCGAAGAGGCGGGACAAGUGGCCAAAGAUAAGAUGGACUAUGAGGAGCAGAAAGGCUCAGAUGAGGAGAUGAGUGACAGGUGUGAGACGAGCAGUGUGAGUAACAGCAGUGAUGGGGGCCUGUACACAAACGACGAGGGAAGGCAAGGCGACGAUGAGCAGAGCGAUUGGUUCUAUGAGGGUGAGCCGGGCGGGGCUUGUGGAAUCGCGGGUGUGGUGCCGUGGUGGGAGAGAGACUCUAACGAACUGGACCUCAAUGACCCCAUGUUCAACAGCAUCCUGACCGGAGCGUUCCCGUUAAUGUCACAGGGAGCUCAAAGAGGGUUUCAAGCGCGGCUCGCGCGGCAGGCCUGUCUUCAGCAGUCACAGGGAACCUCUCAAGGAAUUCCUGAUCGAUUACCGAGAUUAUCCCAGGAUCCUCAUGACUCGUGGUUCAGCUCUGGGGCCAGAAGAGACCAAUUGCUUUGGGAUUCUCGCAGCGACAGAAGCCACAGGAAAAGCUGCUCUUUAAAGACUGCCAGCAGACAAACUAGUGGUCAUCUUGGCUCUUUGUGUACUGGAGAUAUAAAGAGACGACGGAAAGCUGCGCCUGUGGGAGCCCCGUCAUCCUCAGGUGUAGUGGGUGAGGGCGCUGCUCCUCUGCCAGAGUCAAAUGUGGGGAACCGUAUGCUGCAGAGUAUGGGCUGGACCCCGGGGGCGGGCCUGGGCCCUGACGGCAGAGGCAUCACGGAGCCCAUUCGUGCGUCUCAGAGGCCGAAGGGAGCCGGACUGGGCUUCAACUGAGCUCGAGCCGAGAACAGAGAGAGCAACUCAUGCAGAGACAGCAGCCCGGGCCCACGGGCCUCCUUUCUCUCCGUUAACCUCACCGUUAACGGCAGCCAGCCAGCAGAGGGCAGCACUGAGGUGAUAGAGAUGUAGGAAAAGAUGACUGACAGAAUGAAACGAAAUAGGACACCUGCACUGGCCCAGACAAGGACUGACUUUAGAGCUGCCUCACUGCCGCCACACACACACACCGACACAUUUCAACACGACCGCUAAAGCAAACAAAUUAACUUCAGAAAAAACAUUAUUCACCAAAAAAGUAUCCUUACAGUCAAGAAUUUGUCAUUUGUAAUGAAAAUAUUUCUACAGUAUAGGAUGAAUUUAAUGAGGAAAUAUUUAACUGUAAAAAUCAUAGGGAAAAUAAAUAAUAAAUUAUAUUUUGCAUAACAAAAAAUGAAGCCUGUUUAUAGGACCUUGAAGAUUUUGUGCUUUAUGACAUUAUUUUCAUGUUAAUUAAGCACAUUUCUCCCAACAUUCUUGUUAAUGAUUUUGUUAAAAUGAGAGUUAAUGAUAUUCAGUAUAAUAGUGGAAGUCUUUAUUUUGUCACAUUGCAAAAAUGAUAAUUUGAAAAAUAAAUGUACUUAAUUGUCAUCAAAACUAAUAAUGGUACUAAAAACAGGCUUCAUGUAAAAUAUGAUUUAUUAUUAUUAUAUUAUUUUGAUGUUGGUUUUUCACUCUACAGAAGUAUUUUAAUGAGCCUUUGGGUCCUUAUCAGUGAUGUUAAUUACAAGCCAACAGCCAAACCUCAGCGCUCAGAAUACCAGCGGAAAUUAGCAAAACCUUUUAUUAAUUUAAUUUUUUUAUUAUUAUUAUUAUUUUUUCGAAAACAAUUUUUAAAUACUUUCACCUCGUAAAAACCAAUGUAUUUUAGCAGAAUAGAUCAGUCCAAGUUAUCGUCCGUCUCCUGUAUUCAUUUGAUAUUUGUAUAUCUGAUGUCUCUGAUAACAUCAUUUGUUUCCUUUUUUUGGUAAUUGAAAUAUGUGUUUUUCAUUUAAUAUUUUUUCAAUCCUGUUUUUUGACGUUUGUGCAAAUAUCAUGCACUAAUGAUGAGUGUCAGUACCUCAGCCAAUCACAUGCUCAUGAAAACUGCAUGUAUGAAAUGCUGAAACGCUGCAGACUGAAGCAAGCGACCGCUGCUCUUUUACGUGACUCGACACACGCGUGUUUUAAUAAUGUUAUAUGAGGGUUUGGGGUCCAUUUUGUUUAUUUCCGGCGAAAUUCAGUGAAAUGCAUGUAUUUCUCAGCAGCGUUUGAGUAAUGAAUAGGAUUAAUCGACUGAAUUGGCUUAGUUGAGAUGGAAUUAACCGUUCGAGGAGGCGACACGCUUACUACUGACGACUGUCAUUUCUGGUUGUCACGAGGUGAAGAUUACGCCAUUGUUGGGUAAACACUUCAAUGCCUCUUAGGCACAAUCCCAGAUGAUUGGUGAUGCUAUUAUCUUGGCAGAAUGUUAAGGAAUCCGCUCGCUGAGACAGGAAGAGUCUUUGAGCCGAAUGUGACAUCACUUCCUCUCUGGUGUUUGAGCAGAGCUGUACUUCCCUGAAUGAAGAUAAGUGUUUUUUUUUUUAUUUGUCUUUGGGAACAUGUUGUAUUUUUAACCAUGUUUGCACUCAGAAUGAACAGUUUUCAAGUGGUUUUCAACGAGGAGCAUGUCAGGUUUGUCUCUUCCUGUGAUCUGUACAACAUGCCAAACUCACAAACAUGCCACCUUUGUUUACAUUGGUCUUUUUGUCAUUUUUGCCAAUUUGCAUUUUAGGAACGGGGAUGAUAUGGUCUCUGUGUGUGUUCUGAAGUCAAAGUGACGUAUUGUUCAUAUACACUGUAGAUCAGUAUUAAAGUGUUCUCUGCUCAAGGUUGAAUCUUUGAAUCUUUCCCAUGAUCCUCCAUCAGAUUAAAUUUCAAAGCAGAGUUAUUAUAGUUGACUAAAACAAAACCAUGAAUUUUAAGAAAACUAAAUAAAUUGAAAUAAACUUUAACUUAAAUAAGUUUAAGGUAUUUUUUAAAUAUUUUAAAUAUUUGCCAUUGCAAAAUCACUCAUUUUUAUUUAGUUUAACUUGAUGUACUAAAAUAAGGCUGAAAUAAAAUGAAUAAAAACUAUAUAGACAAAUAAAAAUGGCAAAGCACACAAUAUAAAUGACUAAAACUUUAAAGUGACA